CAAGAAUCUGAGGCAAUGGAAGAGAAUAACCCAGAAGUAGAGGUGAUUCAUGCAUGGUGUGUUCCAACAUCUCUUAGUACCAGCCUCAUGUACUCUUUUGCUCAGAGGGAUGACAUCGAAGUGCUUGAUGAACCCUUAUAUGCAAAUUUCCUCCGUGUUACGGGAGUGGACAGGCCAUAUCGGGAAGAACUAUUGUCAAAAAUGGUUUUUGCCGAGCACUCUAGCACUAAGCUCACUGCUCAAGUGCUCAGAGCGUCCAUAGUGCGAUUAAGAGAAAUUGAUGGAAAUAAAGUGGUGAAAGAUGUCAUUUUUGGCCCAGGAAGAAAGCAGUAUCGCUUCUGCAAGGUCUUUGGCUAA